UGUCACUGUCAGUUCAGGCAGUUGAGUUUAGGCCAAAUGAAAUUAUGGUUCGUAUGCCACUUACCGAUAGUUUGUCGUGGACAUGUUUUCAAGCUUGUGUUGUGUUUCGGCAGUUGAUGAAUCAGUCAAAUACUAAAAAUCGCUCGACUUGGUGACUGCUGUUUUGUUCUAAAUCAUGGAACAACCAUCAAGUAUUGGUGUGGGCCCACCACCAGCCAAGCGCCUGCGUUUGUCUCUGAAGAGGAGAGCAAACUCGGUAGCUGUCUCGACUCAAAGAAAUGAUGCCAAGUCACCAACUGAAAAGAAGGCUGAUGUUAUGGAGGAACGUGCUCUCUCUCCCAGCAAAGCAGACACUCAGGAAAAAACGAAAUCGUCUGUAUUAGAGUGCAGCAGAGAUGUCGAUAGCGCUGUGUGUGGUGUGCGGAACGUUGGAAAUACAUGCUACCUGGCUGUUGUUAUUCAACUUCUUCGUUGUUUGCCAACAAUAUCGCGAAAAAUCAGCCAUAUGGCCAGAUUGGUGGAGGAACUGGCUGUACCGUCAUCACCAUCCCUAGACGUCCUGUUGGCUGCAGAUUCUAUACUCACGUCCAUGGCAGAGAAGGAGGAUGCGCAUUGCAAGUCGCCAAUAGCUGGGCCAGUCUCUGAGGCUCCUGACAUUCUCUUAGCUGCGCUCAGGAAAGUCAAUUCGCUGUUCAAGGGUGGUGGGCAGCAUGACGCACAGGAGUGCCUGCAGUGCAUCAUGGACCAGAUGGACAUCGCCUCGGAGCUGAUCCUCGCCCACAAGGCCCUGUUGAGCGACGGCAGGACACGGCACGAGUCGGCGAGCGUGGGCGGCGAAGUCCACAGCACGAGCUCGCCUGCCAUCUCGCCCAGCAAGCCCAGCCACUGUCGACUGAAUGGCGGCUCAUGUGAUAUGGAUGUUGAGCAGUUGAGCAUCUCGGUUUCCAGUUCCUCGAUUGGCAAUAGAGUCACAAAGACGGAGGGUCAAUACCCGGCCAGUGUUAGUUGUAGUACGGCAGCAGGAGACGAUAAGCCAGUUACCUCCAGCGAUGCUGCAGUGCCAACAGUCGCUACCACUGCUCCAUCCGGGAGCAGCCCUUACCGUAGCCAAUGUAGCGAGAACUGCGCUCGUGGCAGUGCUGCUAAGCCAAAGGCGGGCUCCACACAACUGGUCAGAAGACUAUCCGAAGGCGAGCUGACCUGCACGCGUAGCAGUAAGCGUUUACGGUCUUCAGGUGACGGCGAGGACGACAGCGCUGAAUCUGCUGAGAAGAGAAACUCGCAAUUAGCGUCCCACACGUCCAGUAGCUCUGUAGAAUCGGGCCGAUUGCAAACAUCACUAUCAGAUCAUCACCUGGGAAGGAAUGGAUCGCAUGACAGCAUCUCCCUUCUGGCACACAGUACCUCGAAUGGUUCCGCUUUCAGCGUGGCGAAGAGCUCCACCGAGUCGGUUAACAUUGUGCGGAGUAGCUUUGAGGGAGUGAUGCUGGCCAGUACGUGCUGCGUGGAGUGCGAGACGAAGCAGCAGCGUCCGGAAACCUUCACUGACCUGAGCUUGCCUGUCUGUAAAGAGUCCUCUGCUGGGCAACAGCAGCAGUCGGCAGCCCGCUCGUCCGUCUUCAGCACCAUGCUCGUUGUGGCGCACUCCCUGCCCUGGUGCCUUGGUCAGCUGAUGCGUCCCAGCUCGGGUCUCAUCGGCGCCAACAAGUACAAGUGUGCAGUGUGUCGUCGCUCCAACGAAGCCAAGAUCUCGUACUCGUUUGCCAAGCUGCCGCCUGUUCUGCUUAUCCAGCUCAAGCGGUUUACAACAGUUUCCUACAGCUCCACCAUGUCAUCGGUGAAGAAAGUGCAUGGCAACAUCGCUACACCGCUGGAGAUGAAACUCACCGAAUGGUGCAGCAAGGACUGUGUGAAUCGGGACAGAACCUAUCACCUCGUCGCCGUUAUAAUGCACACAGGAGCACACAGUAACACAGGUCAUUAUACCGUGUACUGUCGUGAGAGAAGUGUCACCGGAAUGAAAUGUUCCAAGCCGUUGCCGGCUGUCACUGCUUCUCGAAGUAUGAUGGAAACGAAUGGUAGUCCGUUGGUGGUGACAUCGCCAACAAUGACGCCGACGAAGCCGCGGAGUCCAGUGCCUAGCAGCUUGUCCGUACCACCGUCUCCUCUCAAGACCAGGCCGUGCAGUGUGUGCCUGAAGCGUCUGUCUUUCAUCAGCACCACGUCUGGUCCGAAACUCGACACGAGGCCAGCCGCAAGUGGUGCGUCGCCACGCAAAGACUCUGACCGGUGCAGCUGCUUGACGGCUGGGGCCGCGGCGUGCAAACUGUCGUCGAACUGGCUGUACUGUGAUGACUCUACGGUGCAGCACGUGUCUGAGGAUGACCUAAUCGUGGCACUAUCACCACUGGACAGUGGCGGUAAGCAGUCUCUCUCGCCGUACAUCCUCUGCUACGCCGUUGCGUGACAGACGAACAGUGCGCGCUGAUGCUUUCGGCGGUGAGCCCCCACUAGUUCGUCGCCAUCUGGCUGAUGCUAGUCAGGUGAUAUAUGCUCUUGUGCAAGUGACCACAUGACCUGGUAGUGAUCACAUGACAGGAUGACAGAUGCUGUUGCCAGUAGUGGCUUACUCAUGGUAGUUUGUAUGGUCAGCAUGAGCUCUACCUGCAAUACUACAUUUCAGUUAUGUCUACUUUUAAGAAGAGACAAACAGAGACAUUGGCUCAAUGAAAGUAGCAGCGCUCAUAAUACAGUGUCAGAGGCAUUGCGGACGAGAGUGGCAUUGAAGGUUGGUGAAGUAAGCACUAUGUCAUGGUGUGUCCCUUGUUUGGAACUAGCGCGGCCUGUCUUCUAUCUUGACAUCACAUCUGUGCAGCUGGUCCAGAACGAAGUGGUGGCGUCUGUUUGUUUGUUAUUGAUUCUACAUUUACUCUUUCUCGUGACGUGUCCUAGACCAGAGUGUUUCCUGUAAUGGCUCGUCUCUGCUCGUCUUAGUUUUUAGUCCAUCGCUAGCGCUGGAAGCUGGCAUUCUGUUCUCUCCGACUGUCAAAUUGUUUUAUUGCCCCUCCGAUGUACGAGUGGUGAAAUAAGUACACAAAUAUCUAUCAACUAUCGACUAUCACUUGAGCAUAUUUUAUUUAUCAUCUUACUCAUCUUCUCAUUCCGCCAUCUAUUAUCCAUUUUUUUCCUAUUCGUCCCCUGGUUUUGCGUUCGUCUAGUUAUAUUCGAAUUCCCUCCCUUGCCAGUACCAAUGUAACAUUGUUGGUCUGGCAUUAUUGCAAGCAGUUCCACCCGUGUGCCGUGCUCCUCUCAUGAACACAGUCCGUGGCCGUCGUGUGAGCGUAUUCUUCUUGGCGUUCCAGCUUUUGAAGACUUCUA